CGUCUUUAUACGAAUACGGUCACAAUUUUUUCGCCACGAUAUACGAAUCCGCAUUAUAUGAACCCGCAUUAUAGGGGGUCAACUGUAGUUUUUGUAUCGGUACAUUUACACUUAAUUUACAUUGACACAGCAGUGCAGUGCUCUUAUAAGCCAAAACAAGCUGACCCACAUAAAAGUGUGCUCUGGUAAGCAAAGCUGCGUGCAUUUCAAAAACUCAAAAACAGUUGAUUUUCAUACAUUAGAGAAUGUUCUUUGUGCAUAAAUAACAUAUAGCCUAUACCGACGAUUUUCAAACUUUUUUUGGCCACCGCCACCUUAGUUUCGUAAAAGUGUGCCCAAUGCCCCUAACCAUUUUCCCUUGGAGUGAGAAAGGCUUGGAAAUAUUCUUAAGAAAACUUUUCUAUGAAUCUCACACUGUGUCGACAUCUGGAAAUCAUUAAAUGCAAAUCUUUUUCCUUACGUAUUAUAAUAGAGUAAAGAGAAGGGUUGUCAGUGACCCCGACUGUCGCUUACGGUCGCUGUUCCGUCGGUACCUUGCCUCCGGUUUUUCCCUGCCGCACACUUAUGUCUUUUUACCCCUCUAGAUUUACUUCGUUUCCUGUUGGCCUAUACGGUAGAAUCUCAUUUUAUGGGAUUGCAAAACAAUAAAUUUUUUCACCGUAUCCUGUCGAGUCAAUAAACAUGGCAGGAAGCAGAUUAGAAAAACUCGGAACUAUAUUUUCAAGACUAUAUAAAUUUAAAAUAACUGGAUUUUUAUUAAUUAAUGUAAACUGUAUUAGAAUGACUGGUUUACUCCGUUCUGGAGCUCUUAAAAAGGAAGAUAAGCCAACUUGGUAUGAUAUUUAUAAAGCAUUUCCUCCUCUGAUCGAACCAAUUUUUAAAAGAGAGGUAUCUGAGAAGGAAAUUACUCAGAUUUUCUAUCCUGAAGAUGUUUACAGAGCGAAAUUUUACAGAAAAUAUGGUUCUGAUAUUAUUGACAUGGCUGAUACAUCACCAACACUGUCUGAACAGUAAGUUCUUUUCUGUCUUUUUUAUAAUAAACAGAGAGAAUUUUGAUGUUGCAGAAAGUUUAUGAAAUAUUAAUUUUUAUUAUGUUUCAAAUAAUUUUCAGUUAAAAUUAGGAAUAAAUCUAUAUAUA